AUGGUCGACUGUAUAAGCAAAGUCAUGCUGCACACGUUUGUCUCAUGCUGGCAACCAUUCCUGGGACUGGCCCUGGUGGCUGUCUUCGUGGGUUCUACCCUGGGAUGUCCCUCCCGCUGCGAGUGUUCAGCGCAAACCAAGGCAGUUGUCUGUCACCGCAAACGCAUGCCAACCAUCCCAGACGGCAUCCCAACAGAGACCAGGAUUCUGGAUCUGAGUAAGAACAAGCUGACAAUGAUCAACCCAGAUGACUUUAUUAACUUUCCUGGGCUCGAGGAACUUGAUCUCAGUGGGAAUAUUGUCAGUUAUGUUGAGCCUGGAGCUUUUAACGCCCUGUUCAACAUGCACUCGCUCAGUCUGAAGAGCAACCGAAUCAAGCUCAUUCCUCUGGGGGUUUUCACAGGCUUGACGAAUCUUACCCGAUUGGAUAUAAGUGACAACAAGAUCGUCAUCCUCCUGGAUUACAUGUUUCAGGACCUGCACAAUCUCAGGUUUCUGGAAGUGGGUGACAAUGAUCUGGUUUACAUUUCUCACCGUGCAUUCAGUGGACUAUUAAGCCUGGAGAUACUAACCUUAGAGAGGUGCAAUCUUACAGUUGUGCCCACAGAAGCUCUUUCCCACUUACACAACCUGGUCAGCCUCCAUCUACGAUACCUCAGCAUCAGCACUUUGCACCCAUACUCAUUCAAAAAACUGUUCCGCCUGCGGCACUUAGAGAUCGAUAAUUGGCCUUCGCUCGACCACGUGCCGGCCAACACCCUGCACGGCCUCAAUCUGACCACCUUGUUCAUCACCCACACUAACUUGUCCUCCUUCCCCUACCAAGCCCUGAAGCAUCUGCCCUACCUGACACACCUUAACUUGUCCUACAACCGCAUCAGGCACAUUGAGGGCGGUAUGCUGAUGGAACUGGUUCGGCUUCAAGAGCUCCAUCUGGUUGGAGCUCAGCUAACCGCCAUUGAACCAUACGCCUUUCAGGGCCUGCGGGGACUUAAAGUCCUCAAUGUGUCUCACAAUCGACUGGAUACGCUGGAGAAGGGUGUGUUUCAGUCUCCUGAGGCUCUGGUUGUUCUUCUGAUUGACAACAACCCUCUAGUGUGCGACUGUCGGCUCAUGUGGAUCCUACAGAAAAGGCACUCCAUCUCUUUCGGGGAUUCGCAGCCAGAGUGCAACACACCCGAAGGGAUUCGUGGCAGACCUUUUAAGGAGUUCAAGGAGACCCUCCUGUCUUAUUAUGUCACGUGUACAAAGCCAAAAAUUCGGGAGAAUAAAACACAAACCAUCACUGUGGAUGAAGGCCAGCAGGCAUUGUUGCGUUGCAGUGCAGAAGGGACGCCGAGGCCUACUGUGUCUUGGCUGUCACCACGUCGACGGGUCCUGACCAGUAGGAAUCAUGGUCGAGUCACGGUCCAUAUUAAUGGCACACUGGAGAUCAAGUCUGCAGAGAUACAAGACAGUGGAGUCUACCUUUGUCUUGCCUCCAACACUGCUGGGAACGACACCCUGAUGACUUCGUUGGCGGUAAAAAGCCUUGGAUCGCUGUACGCCAACAGGACCCAGUACUACACAGAUCCCAGUAACACCACUGCCAAUGGGACAGCUGGAGUGACCCUCGGUUUAGACCUAAAGACUAUUUUAGUGUCGACCGCGAUGGGUUGUUUCACUUUCCUGGGAGUGGUCUUGUUUUGUUUCCUGCUCCUGUUCGUUUGGAGCAGGGGAAAAGGGAAGCAUAAAAACAACAUAGAUGUUGAAUAUGUGCCUCGGUCAAAGUCUAACGGCACUAAUGUUGACUCAGCAGAGGGACAGGCUGGUCCCCGACGUUUUAACAUGAAAAUGAUGUGA